AUUCGAAUGUCGUCCACCAUGGAGGCACAAGAGGACCGACCGUCCCAACUUAGAAUUUAUUUGAUCGUCUUAGCUGUGAGCACAAUAUACCUCUCGACUGGCAUGGUGGGAGGAUGGUCCUCUCCAGUCCUGCCUAAACUGGACUUGACAGUACACGAGCAAGGUCUGGUGACGUCAAUUGCCUUCUUUGGAGCUGCUCCAGGACCCUUCGUCACCACCUUCUGUCUAGACACCAUCGGGAGGAAAGGGACCCUAUUCAUUAUAUCGUCCUUUUUUCUGGCUUCUUGGAUCAUAUUAUUAAUAUCUCAGAACGUUUAUGUGAUCUAUAUCGCAAGACUCCUUGCUGGCCUAGGAAUUGGUGGAUCCAUUAGUGGAAUCCCAGUUUAUAUAUCUGAGGUGGCACUAGCUGAAAUCAGAGGUCGUCUUGGAGCGGUCAGUACAAUGAUGAUGUCACUUGGAGCUCUCAUCAUGUACUUGGUUGGACCUUCUGUCAGUUAUACCACCAUAUCAAUCUUUGGAAUGGCCUUAGCUCUAUUAGCUUUUGUCAUCUUCUUUGUCCCAGAGUCUCCUUUCCACCACAUCAAUAAAGGAAGAAAAAAGGAAGCAGAAAUGGCUCUGCAAAAGUUAAGAGGAUACAGCACGCAGGAAAAGUUGGAAGAAGAAUUGGAGGAAAUUAUAAAAACUAACACUCAGAAAGAAGAGAAUGCCAUCGGCUGGCUGGAAGGGUUGAAACGUAAAGCAGCUUUAAAGGGGAUUGGACUUGGCAUUUUCCUAAGUUCUAUGACUUAUCUCUCCGGCCUGGUCGUUCAAAGUGCCUACGCUCAGAUCAUCUACACGAGCUUCAAGCUCAGUUUUUCAGCAAGCUACAUUGGUGUUGUAAUUACUAUAGCUAGUAUCUCAUUCUCAUUUCUCCCUGCUUUGUUGGUUAACAAGUGCAUUGGUAUGAAAUCCGGUAUUGUCAUUUCUGCAUUUGGCUGUGGAUUGUCAUGUGUAUUCCUGGGUGUUUAUUUUUACUUUAUCAGAGCUGGCUAUGACCUCUAUGACUACAGUUACAUAUCUAUUGUUCUUUCUGUUGCCAAUACUGUCUCUCAUUCCUUUGGAUUGGGUGGCUUAGUCUACACAUUGGAAGCAGAGCUGCUGCCUAUGUCUGUUAAAGGAAUCGGAAUGGGAAUAGUUGUCUGUUCCGGCUCGCUCAUAGGUUUUGGUGUCUUGCAAAUGUUCCCUAUCAUUGCAAGCGCUUAUGGAUAUUCUGCUGAUUUUUUUGGUUUGGGCAUUAUAAUGCUUGUAUUUGCAACUCUUGGUAUUUUCAUUCUACCUGACACAACAGGGAAAACACUUCAAGAAAUUGAAGAACUUCUCUCCUAGAAGAAUUGAAGAAUCUUUAAUAUAUGGAUCUGUAAUUUAUUAUAUUGUGAUUGUAUGGAAAACUAAAAGUUUUUUUGUUUUUUUUUUAAUUAUUUCUAUUUGUUUUUUAUUGCAUACAUUUUAUAAGAGUGCCUUAAUUUGACAAGAUAUAUUUUAUAACAUAUAAUUAGUAGUGAGAAAUAGGAAAAUAAAAAUGACUUUUAUAUCAAAAAUAUAUAUUUAUUAGAUUUUAAAAUAUCAAGAGGUAAUAUAAAAGUUUUAAUAAUACUUUCUUUUCAACAUUGUUUAAAAACUUAAAUUUAAUUAAUAUUUUAAAAAUUAUUCUGAGUCAUUUCUACUACCACAUACAAGAUAACCAUAUAGAUAUGAAAAUUAUCAGAAACAAGAACAAAUGACAAGGUUGAUAAUAAUUGAAUCCUGUUUCCUAAACUUGAAAAAUACAUUAAAAUAAUAAGAAAUAUGGAUAUUUCAAGAACACUACAAAUUAUUACUUGAUAAAAUUAACAAUAUAUAGACAAAUAAACAUUUGAACAUUAAUCUCAAAAGUUUGAAAUAUUCCUACAAAAAACAAAUAAUAAUUUUAUAAGCCUUGUUUCAUUCUAUAACGGAUAAAGUAGAAAUAAUAUUGUCUUCUUGAAGUGAAAAAAACAUUUGAAUGUACAUGAAGAACAAAUUCAAAACACGCCAAUUGCUUACAAAGUUUGCCACUGGGUUUAUCAAUUUCAAGAAAUAAAUUAUUAUGUAAGUAACUUCAAACAUUUUAAUCCUCUUAUAACAGGUAGAAGGGGUUAGGGAAUGAAUAAAAAGAGGGUAUAAAACAGAAAGUUUAAGUGUUAGCUUGGUAAAAGGUAAAAUCUUCUAGCAGCAAACUUUGUAUUCCAGUAUACCUGCUAAAUGUUAAAGUUGUUUUUUUAAAAAUUUUAAAUUUAUGUGUGAGUUUUUAUACAAUGUAAUGGUUGAAAACAUAUAUAAAUUAUCCUAUCAAGAGAUCAUUUCUACCUUUACCUGUACCUUAAAUGUAAAUAAAAAAAGCUUUGAAUGUUUAAAAUUUUAACAUUUUUAAUUCCUGUAGUCUGUUAAGAAAUACACCAAUUUAAGUACUAAUUUGUUUUUUUAUCCUCUGAAACAAAUUAAGAACAAAAUAUUCAGAGACAACAUUGGUAUGUUUUAUUUUCUGAAUUAAAAUCUUAAAAAAUUGUAAUUGCAUGUAAAAAAAAUAAAUAUUUAUAAUUUACAUCUCUAUAUCAAUAGCUCCACUGAAAGAAACAUUAAGAACAAUUUUAUUGCAAGCGAUUGUUUUGAGCUUUUCAGUUCAAUCUUGGCCUUGAAUGUAUACAAAAUUCAAAACAGAAAAGUUACAUAAAACAUAACAUUUGGUCUUUAUGUUGCAACAGAAAUUGAAAGUUAAUAUAUUAAAAAACAUUUUUUUUUCUUUCGUCCCUUCAGUAUUUUUAAUUUUUUACUUAUUUACAAUGUAAAUGUUCAUGUGAACAUAUAAUAAUUAUUAUUAAUUAUUAUUAUUAAUUAAAUUAAUAAUAAUUUAAAACAUUUUCUGUUUAUCGUAUUGAACUAAUUUUUUGUGAAUUUCAAUAAUGUGAUUCCCACUAAUCUCAUUUAUUUCACUUUUCUGCUCACUGUCAGUUUUAUUAUCUACACUACUUGUUGUACAGUAUAUUUAUUUGUACACUAUUAUUUAAGAUUUAAAAUGGAUAUUUAGUGAAAUAUUAAAAGUCAAACAAUGUUCCUCUAUAUGAGGAAUUACUUUUUCAAUUCAUUUUUAACAUUUUUCAUUCUGCAAGAAGCUCCUGAAUUUCUUGUAGAGUCUUUCCAGUUGUGUCUGGUAUGAUGAAUAUGGCUAUUGUUGUAGAGACAAACAGUAUUGCUGCAAACCUGUUGAACCAAAAAGCAAUCGU